AUGAUCGAGGUGGUGCUGAACGACCGGCUGGGGAAGAAGGUCCGGGUGAAAUGCAACGAGGACGACACGAUCGGCGACCUGAAGAAGCUGGUGGCGGCCCAGACGGGGACCCGACCCGACAAGAUCCGGAUCCAGAAGUGGUACACCGUCUACAAGGAUCACAUCACCCUCCAGGACUACGAGAUCCACGACGGCAUGGGUCUCGAGCUCUACUACAACUAAUAGAAUCCUGUUUCCACAUACACCUAAUGGCAAUCUAAUCUCAUCGACUAUACGAAACCUGCAAUUGCAAGAUGCGAACCCAGGCGUUAGAGCCCGAAUCAGGUCCCCCCUUGAUAUUUGUAUGAUUGUGUGUUCUGAUCUUCAUAGGACAACAGUAGGGGUAUGAAUUUACAGCUCUCUCUUGUACAUAUGAAUUCUGGGAUAUAUGAACAAUGAAAUAUCUUCAUUGCAGAGCUCUGCUGGUACAUUCAGGAGAUAUGGACCACUUCAGUGAUGAAAUCAGCAUUACCCCCUAUUUAUUUUUACUAACCAGCAGUCUGUUGAUGCUGUUGGAGUACAUUGUAGUCUUGUAGAGCAGAACUUGUGGGCAGGGCAGUGCACAAGGUUUUUUUUUUUUUUUUUUUUUGUUGCUCUGAUGUCAUCUCCAUUCGACUGACAGAAUGAGUGAAGGCAGUCAUUUUAGCAGCACACAGUUUUCCUCCAUCAAUUUCAAUUCAUUUUGUCUUGUACAUCUGAUUGGAUCACACUGCCCAAAUUUGGUGCCUGUGUCUCUUUCUCACAUGGAUGGGUCUGGAACUUGCUCCAUGGAAGGAAGGAAAGAAAGCUGCUUGCUUGCUGCUUCUUUGAAGUGGUCCUUCCUUUUCCUUGUACUGCCUGAAAUUUUCUGUUUCCAUUCCACCCUGCGGGCUGAAAAGGACGAAACUGAGUUAGAAUCCAAAAGUGGGGAAAGGAUAUACUGUGUGUGUCCUGGAUAUCAGCAUUUAAGGGUCUAGCUUUAACACUGACAUCAGGCAUUCAGGUCUUGCGAUGACAUGGCCCAGCUCCUGAGCUCCAUGUCAGCAUGAAGAGCCCAACCCAACCCAACCCAUAUCUUCUGGCUUCCCUGAGAAAGUGUACAGGAAAACAACAGAUAUUUUGAGCUAGUAGGCCUAAUUUUUUGAAUCCAGCCAACUUAGAAUUCUAUUUCUCAGAUGAGAUCAUGGAUAGCUGCUGCAACAAUCCAUCUUUUCUUUGGGUUCAUUGAUACAUUGUUUUGGCUCAAAUACACAACAAGUGCUAACUACAAAUAGGGCUAGGGGAAGAGAAAGUUUUCAUACAAAACAGAAUUCAUUGUCUUGUUCCAUCUCGUCGU